GACGCGGGCGGCAGCAGAUGUCGAUGGAGGCCGCUGUCGUGAAGCUGCAGGCGGUAACCCGGGGUAUGCUGGCGCGGAGGAUCGUGAGGGAGAUGCGAUACCACGAGGAGCUUUUCCUCGGCUUGCGCCCCGACCCGAGCCUGGACCGCAGCUGGGGGUCGAAGCUGGAGAAGGUGAAGCAGGCGAGGUACCGGGCGCAGGAGGAGAGGAAGAAGGAGCUGGAGGAGACAGAGAAACGCAUCCAGACGAAGAUUAUCUACGAGGAAGGGGCGCAUCUCCUUACCACCAUGGAGGACAAGAUCAGGGAGUGGAUGUUCAGCAAAAAGUAAGUUUG